UUUGCAUACUGAACCCAAGUAUCCGCAAAAGUGUAGCUGCCCAUGUCCUCAUCCGCUAAUUUCUCACUCUGCAAAACGCUUGGAAGCCAACGCAUCCAGUGACAGCUAGGGACCCACAUGGUCAUGCAGCAGUACGAGCCGCUGGAGACGCUGGCACCCGCGCUCUUCGGCAAUGUUCAAAAGUGGCGCCAUACGCCUUCGGGCGAGUACGUGGCGGUCAAGCGCAUGGAGCUGCGCUUUGCAGCGCGCAAGCGCUCCAAGAGCUCCGAGCGCGCUGUGGAGGAGGAUCUAUUCACAGAGAUCAAAACGAACUUGCGCGUGCAGUCGCUGGGUGGCCACCCUAACGUGUUGCCAUUGCGCGAUUGCAUCAUGGAGGACGAGGCCGUGCUGCUCGUGCUCAAAUUCUGCGAACGCGGCGAGCUACUCGACGUAGUCAACACACAACGAGCAGCCGGACAGCAGGCCAAUGUGACGCGCUACUUUGCGCAGAUCUUACGCGGCGCAGCGUUCCUGCACGCUAAUGACAUUGCACACCGCGAUCUGUCUUUGGAGAACGUAUUAGUGGACGAGCGCGACUGCUGCCAGAUCACGGACUUCGGUCUAGCUGCGCAGUGCAAGGGAAAAGUGAAUGUGAGACCUGUGGGCAAACUUAGGUACAUGGCCCCGGAAGUUAGUGCAGCAAUGGUGUAUGAAGAAGGUCAUCAGAACGAAUAUGACCCCAAGGCAGCGGACGUAUGGGCACUCGGAGUGAUGCUGUAUGCCAUGGUGACGGCUCGGUAUCCGUUCCGUGAACCUCUGCGUAAAGAUGACCGGUUCAGAUUGUUGGAGGAUUUUGGAGUGGAGUAUUUGUUGGAGAAGGAUGAGGUGGAUAUGGCGGGGGAGGAAGAAAUGGUGGAUCUAUUGAAGAAACUAUUAGUCGUCGACCCCGCCGAGCGCUCAACGCUCGCACAGCUGGAGUCGCAUCCAGCGCUGCCUGCCGUGGAAGGCAGCGAGACUCGACCUGCGAGUCCUACUAUGAUUGGAGAGGAGCAACCGGAGGAUUCAUUGGCGCAGUUGAGUGUCUCGAACAAUGACGACACACGGCAACGCGCGCGGUCGCUUGGUCGCUUUAACGGGAAGGGAUCGCUCGCAUCGGUGAGCCCCAACACACCACUAUCAGAGGCGGGGAAGAACAAGCAAGCGCUUGCUUCUUCGGCCAUCAAAGCAACAGCUGUGUCUUCAGCUCCUGUGACCGGUAAUAAUGGGUCAAAGAACCAAUGUGCCGGUGGCAGGUUGCUGCGCAAGUGCUUCGCCACGCGCGCGUAAUGCUAGCAAGCACACGCUGUACAUUAUCUAUUAGACGAGAGGCGGGUAGCCUCCGUUCAGCUAUAUUAUCAAUCAACCGAAACGAUCCUUAUCAACCCACA